UAUUCGUUUGGUGGAACGUGUUAAAUACUUUAAAGAGAUUGGAAGAUAAAUACUUAGUUUGUUUCACGAAAAUUGUUUUGUCUGUAGAUAACAAUUGUCCUCGGUAGACCAUAGUUACAUUUUCAACAUAUACUAAAAAAUUAAUUAGUAUCAUUAUAAUAGUUAAUAUGAAUAGAGAAGAAAUCCAGUUGUGUUAUCAAACAGCUUUAGGUUUUAUUAAAGAUGCAGGGAAAAUAUUACUAACAGCAAAAGAUAUCGUACUUGAAGAAAAAGCUCCAGGUGAUAUAGUCUCCGAAUACGAUGUUAAAGUAGAAAAUGUUCUUAUUCGAAGGCUUAAGAUGAAUUUUCCAACCCACAAGUUUAUUGGCGAAGAAGAGUCUCAUCGAAAGAAAAGGAUAAGUGAACUUUCAAAUGACCCUACGUGGAUCAUAGAUCCCAUUGAUGGCACUUCAAAUUUUGUAAGAGGAUUCCCCACAACAUGCAUUUCAGUAGGCCUUGUGGUAAACAAGGAACAAAUUAUGGGUAUAAUAUACAACCCCUUUAGCAUGGAAUUAUAUACUGCCAUUAAAGGGAGCGGCGCAUAUCUGAAUGGAGAAAGAAUUUACUCCAAAGAAACAGAAAACAUUGGAAGGGCAAGUUUUAUUUAUGAACUUUCAUUAGCCAAAACUGCGUCUUUACGAAAGAUGUACUUGACUCGUCUAAAAUAUUUAAUUAACGAAGUGGAAGGAAUAAGAUCAUUUGGCUGUGCUGCAAUGAGCAUAUGUUACAUAGCCAGGGGCUACUUUGAAAGCUAUCAAUGUGAUGGGCUGUUCCCAUGGGACUAUGCAGCAGCUGCUUUAAUUUUAAGAGAGGCCGGAGGAUACGUUUGUGAUCCCACAGGGGUAGAAUUUGAUUUACUUAAAGGGGAUAUACUAGCAUGCUGCACUAAAAAAUUGGCUGAGCAGUUCGUAGAAGUUGUGAACAAGGCAGAUGAAGAAUGGAAAAUAUUGCCGUAAAGUUCAUAUUAAUAAUUUUUAACCAGUAACACAAUUUAAAAAAUGAAUGUGUUAAUUUAUUUGGGCUAUUAAAUUGUAUUGUAUUUGUACGUUGUAAUUAAAAAAGGCAGUAACUGUAUCAUAUAGAAGAAAAAAAAGUAAUUCUUUAUGAAAGACUUCUAUUGGCAAAAAUAUACCCUAUGAUAAUA